AUGUUUGAAUUACCGGUGCUUCUCGGGUCGUUUUCUGAGUCGCAGAGUCUUGUUAGAAAGAAAUUGCGAUACCGGUACCGUAACGAGAUCAAGAACCAGUACAAACGGAUCAAAAUCCACGAUGAAAAUGGACAACUGACUCCCGAGAGCUCGCACACGGAGUUGGAUGACCACGAAAGCAGGUCUAGAGUGUGUAGAGGGAGAAAGAGGAGACUCUAUGAUUUGCGUGAUCGAGAAGAACAUGGCUUUGAGUCAGACUCCAGUGAAGCGCAGGACGAGGUGGGGGAUUUGCCAGAGAAGGAGGAGGAGGAGAUAGGGCAUGAGGAGCGCAAGUAUUUCAAGAACCACGAGAAGCCGGAGGACUUGUACGAAGUGUGGCACGUUGCGACUGAAAGGAGGAAAGUCCCCAUCCAGCGGCAGUUUGUGUCUUACAACAGACUUCAAACGAUUGAGAGGAGGGCCAAACGGAAGAUGGAGGUGCCCUUGCUGCAUGUGUCAAGGGUGCGCUCGAGCGAGUUUUCCGCUGAGAUAGAUGGCUACGAUGUGGUGUCCAGAGGCGACGAAACAACGCAUUUUGAGAACAAGCAUAUUCAGUUGCUCGUGACCUUGUUGCACCGGCACAUCUCCACCGAGAACUGGAACCUGGCGUACAAAGUGUUUGCACUGCUGAUUCGUAUGCCCCGGGUUGACAUCAGAGCUGUGUGGAACCUAGGUGUCGCAAUCCUUGCUCGCCGGGACUCGACAACCGCCAUUGACUUUCUCGAGUGGAUGCACAGCGUGUACUCGAACAAGCACAGGUUCAUCCAGAACGUCAACCACAGGCUUCCACCCGCGUUCCGGUCCGGUUCGCGCACUCACACGGCACAGUACACGACGACGUGGCUAUGGUUGUCUUUGAGGGCAGCGACCGAGCAAGCACAAGAGGGCGCCCCGACGACGCUCGAACCUUUGGAGCUUCUCACGGACAAAACCUCGGAGCUCCUGUUGACCCCGCCGUACAUGGACGACAGCGAGGUGUGGUUCAUCUAUUGUUCGUGUUACUUUGUCAAGGCAGACAUCCUCUCGAGGAACAUCCACAGCGACUUAACGCACAACGUGCAUGCGUUCUCCUCGUCGACCAUGGACUUGCGGCGCAACGAGGUUGUUCAGAGCAUCACCCGAUGCCAGAAGACUUUGCACACCGCGGAGGAGAAGUCCGACCAGGCAAGACACCGGGCGCAUGCGUACUGGGAACUCCCGACGGGAUACAUCAAAAGACAGCUACAGCAAAUAGAGAAGCGGCUCACGGCGCAGAGCACACCAAGGGACCAACCUUCAAGCCCUGCCCACUACGAGAACUACGGCCUCGGGGACACGGAACUGGCCGAAGAUCAGGCAGACAUCGACGCAUUCCCUAUAGAGGAGGACAAUUCCUUCCUACAGGCGCUCGACACACAGCCACUCUCGGACAACUUUUUGUAA